UGUUCUAAUGAAAUGCUCUCCAUUACUGCCAUGUUAUCAGUUCCUCAGGUGUUUAUGAGACCAAAUGAAGCUAAGAAGGCAGCUGAUGAAGCUAAGAUGAAGUUUGCUCACAUUGAUGGAGACCACCUGACCUUACUAAAUGUUUACCAUGCAUACAAACAAAACCAUGAUGACACACAGUGGUGUUAUGAUAAUUUUAUCCAACAUCGUUCUCUCAAAUCGGCUGAUAAUGUGAGACAGCAACUUACCAGAAUCAUGGACAGGUUCAACCUUGCACGACGUAGCACUGACUUUAACAGUCGUGAUUAUUAUGUGAACAUCAGGAAGGCACUGGUGACAGGAUUUUUUAUGCAGUACUUCAGAUACUGACCAUUAAAUCUGUGAAUCCUACCUACCCACCCAUCCCUCCCACUUAACUGUUCUGAUGAGUAGGUGGCUCAUUUGGAGAGGUCUGGACA